GGACAGCAUAAAGAGGAGCACUCGAGCUACGCAGAACAGUCAGUUCUUUAAGACUACGCAGAACAUUCUAGUCUUUUGCAGAAUAUAUAAUAAGAAUGAAGGAAGUUCUAGCCUUGCUACUGCUGUCUCUGUGCUGCUGCCUGUCCAGGGGACUGGGUGAUAAUCGGGACAGUGAGGGGUACCAGGGGACUGGGGCUAGUCUAGCUGUCUGUCUUCCCGACACCUGUGCCCUGUUCAGGGAACUUGCAGCCAUGAAAGAGAGACUAGGAACCAUGGACCAGACGCAGGCUGCCCUGAAGGAAAGUUUUGGGGCCAUGGGACAGAAACUGGGAGCUGUGGAGACCAAGCUACAGGGCAGUGAGAGUCAGGUGGAGGAGCUGAAGAAAGUGAAUACAGCUCAAGAGGAAGAACUGAAAGCCUUGAAGAAGAGCUUAUCAACUGCCCAGCCAAAGGUGGCCUUCUCUGUAGCUCUCAGAGACUCUGGCAGUGGGAAUAUUGGACCUUUCACCACCAAUACCCCUUUACAGUACAAAAGAGUCUUCUCCAACACCGGCAGUAGCUACAAUCCUGCUACAGGCAUCUUCACAGCCAUGGUCAGAGGGAUGUACUGCUUCCGCUACUCCAUGUACAGCAACAACUCUGGCCGUCCCAACUCUGUCGUGUCUCUGAUGAAGAACAGUGAGCUGCUGGUUACUACAUGGAACACUGAUGACAGUAUGAAUGUCCACGAAAGCGCGAGCAACGCAGCGGUAGUACAAUUGGAGGUGGGAGACAGUGUUUACAUCCAGCUCUGGGCUAACAGGGUCCUCUAUGAUGACAGUAAUAACUAUAACACCUUUACUGGGUUCCUACUGUUCACCGUGUAACAACACUAGUUGAUUUAACUGAGGUUUUGUAAAAAUUUGAAUUGAUUGACAAGAUAUUCAUUUGGCCACACAGUAUAGGUUUUCAAACAAAUACAUCAUAACUGUAUAAGAGUGAAACGAAAUAAAAGUGAAUUGGCUUACUGUA